AUGGUCAUCCUCCCUUCUAUUCUCGGCCUCGUGGCUCUACCUCUAUCGGCUUUAGCAACACCUACCCUCAACUUCCCUCUUAAUCGACAACAACCAUCGGUAGCCAGAGUGGACCAAGAAUUUGUCUUUGAGAUACUCCCUUCGACGUUCAACUCCACUUCUUCAUCGAAUCUCACGUAUACGACUUCAACACUACCAUCAUGGCUAUCAUGGGAUUCUCCAAGUCUUGCCUUUCACGGCACACCUGCUGAGGCUGAUGAAGGAGAAGAAGAUGUCACGUUGACUGCUUCGGAUGGAAGUGGUACAAUAGCCUCAGCUUUCAGACUUAUCGUAUCGAAUUAUUCUGUCCCAGCAGUACAUCAAUCGUUUUAUACCCAAAUCAGUCGACCCAAUCUUCACGCCAUAUCAUCAGCGACUAUAAUGCCUGGCGGUACAGGUGUUACCAUUCCCCCUUACUGGUCAUUCUCACUCGGUUUCCAAUACGACACCUUCCGAAUUUCUAGAACGAGCCCUAAUAAUGGUCAGCUAUAUUAUGCUGCCCAUACUCGAGGUAGUAUCGGUUUGCCAUCAUGGUUGACAUUCAACAAUGAGUCAUUCACUUUUACCGGUGUAGCACCAGCAGAAGGCAGUUUCACUGUCGUAGCUACCGGAACGGAUUAUUGGGGAUAUACAGGUGCUCAAACUAGUUUCACCAUCGAAGUUGGACAAGGAGAAGCUAUCGAAAUGGUCAAGGGACAGAAUCUGACAAAUGCCCAGACAAUGGCAAAGAGUCAUUUGAACGACAAAAUCGAUUUGAGCAAGGUUACAUUAGGUGGAACAGAAGUAGAUGCCUCAGACGUGCAACUUACCCUUGCUAGCAAUGAUUACCCUUGGUUAUCAAUUGAUAGUUCCAAUGGUAGCCUUGUUGGCACUGUUCCCGAUCAGUACCAGAAUGGAACAUUCUCCUCCCUUUCUGUACCGGUCAAUAUCAAAUCUACCAAUGCGUCCAAUACAUUCUAUUUGACGACUUGGUUGGGCAUUGAUGUGCUUCCAUACUUCUUCUCCGCUUACGCUCUUCCCAAUGCAACGGCCACCCUUGGAGAAACUUUCAGCUUCGACCUUUCAUCAUACGUUCUCGACAAGUCAGCCACAGUCAAUGCUUCUGUCAACCCUUCGGACGCUGCUAGCUGGUUGACUUUCAACCCGAAGAACAUGUCAUUGUACGGAACAGCACCUACUACAAUGGAUUACAACAAGGUCGACGUCGUAUUCCAAGCUGCUCUCAAUUCGUUAGUAGCGACUUCCACACUAAACGUAAAUAUACCUCAGGUAUCUCAAACAACAAGUCAUACCGGAACUGCUGCUGUACCCACUUCGACAUCAGGUGGUUCCAGCGGCAAUGGUGGAAUCUCUAAAGGUGCCAAGAUCGCUAUGGGAGUAUGUCUUGGUCUCCUGUUAUUAGUGACACUUCUCUUGAUCCUGUUUUUCUGCUGUUGUCGAAGGAGAAAGAACAAGACAGGUCAAGAAAACAAGAGGGAUGAUGAUAACGAUUCUUUUGUGGCGACUUCCCCGGUAAACGUACAAGACCCAUUUAGAAGAUCAGGAAGUCUUGAUCCACCUAGAAACUUACUCGGAGAAAUUGCUAGAUUCUCGGGUCUCAACUUACGAUCAGGUAGUGAAUCCGUACCUCACGAGAAAAAUAUGCCACUCAGUCCUGCCUCUUUGAGUACCGAUGCCACUAUGGUUCAAGAUAGACCUACCCGUAUGGAUGGUUUGAAAGGGAUAUUUGGAUGGGGUGCUAAAGAACACCUCGAGAACGAAAAACCAGCUAUUCUUUCGCCUCAAAUUCAAAGUGAUUCAAGAAGUUUCAUUGGUUAUCCCGAUGUUAUUGGAGUCCACGAACCUGUAAAUCGACCUUCACAAGAUGCAAGUUCAUUCACUCAAUCAUUCAUUUCAGAAUCGUCAAGAGCAAGCUGGCAAUCACAAGAAUCUUUCCAUUGGUCUUCAGGUGAAGGUGAUGAUGAAGUCGCUUCUCUAGGUGCAGUAGGUGGUAAUAGAAUUUCAACAGCUUCUUCCAUACCGAGACCAAGACCAAAUUUCACACCUCGUUACCCUCGACAUCAAAAUCCAAGUGUUUUAGCUAGAAUGGUAGAUUUGGAUGAUGUAGGUUCGCAAGCCAGUUUCAGUGAAUUCCACUCUUCUCAAGAAGGACAUCAAAGGGACAGCCUGCAAAGUGGAUCGAACUUUGAUUCAUCAGGAUCCGGUUCUGGAUCAGGCUUCGGUACGUCAAACUCAAUGAUGGCAUCCGGAUCGAUGUUCAAUUCUGGAUCAUCUCUACCGGCUGGACCAAGUGGACUGAACAGAUUUGGUGAAUCAGGUCAAUUCAAAGCAAAUGAUACAGAUGACGAGGACGGGUUUUCAGUGGAAGGGCCUGCAGUUGUAGCAAUGGCCGAAAGACAAUCAUUCGAGACUCGACGGCCACAAAGGCAAGAUUCAAGGAGUCAUCCUAGAUUGAAAGAAAGCAGAUCAAGACAUGGUACGGGUGAAUUAGGUAUGCCACCCUCAGAACAAUCAAGAGAAGCUAUUCCCGAAGACCAAAGGAUAAGUGGUAUGUUCGAUGAUGCAGAUGAUGCAGCAAGGAGAUCAACAAUUUACGCUCCUAGUAUAAGUGAAACAGAAAGAAACAACCCUGGAUUAGGUUAUCCUGCUGCAGCAAUCUACUUCGGAUCGCAAAAUGGUGAAGCGGAAAGUGAAGGUUAUACAAGUCAACGUACUUCCGCUGUACCAUCCGAAGCCACUGCUAGAGCGUCAACAAUAAAGGUGAUACCCACUAGACAGGGUCCUACGCCUCUAUCACCUGCGUUACCUCAAGUAGGAAGUUUCAUGAGGCAUCGAAGAACGAACACAGGUUCAGCAGGUGCAACUACAGCUAUGAUGAGACCUCAAUCGGGUCAUGCAAGCGGAGCAAACGAUGGAAGAGUUGCUGCCAUCGCCAAUGAAACUUUCUCAAUACAUCCUCAAAUUAACCCACCACCAACAGUAUCGCUGUCAGCAGCCACUUGGUCUUCUGGCCCACCUUCGACGUACAGAGCGGAAGUGGAAGGUGGAGGUGCUCUUCCAACUUGGUUACAUUUUGAUGCUAGAGAAUUGGAACUUUGGGGUGUACCACCAUUGAGAGUUUCAGGAGACGUAACGGUGAUCAGAAUUAUCGAGAGAUUACCUAGAGAUAACAGAAGGAGCGACCCAAUGAGUUUCGGUUAUGAACCACCCCAAGAACGAGAAGUUGGAAGAAUCACCAUCGAGGUAUCAGAUCGGAUGAGAUCACCUCAAUUCGCUCUUGAAGGCUCACCUCAUGCCUUGUAA